AACGUCAACGCCACCACCUCAAUCGGCGUCAACAUCAACUUUGAAGCUAACGUCUACGCCAACGCCAACUUCAACAUCAACUUUAAAGUCAACGUCAACGCCACCACCUCAAUCGGCGUCAACUUCAACUUUGAUGCUAACGUCUACGCCAACGCCAAUGUCAAUGUCAACUUCCGCGUCAACGUCGACUUUGAAGUCAACGUCCACUUCAAAUGUGACGCCAACGUCUACGCCAGCGCCAACCGCAAAGUCACCAGCAACGGCGACGCCGAUUGCGGAUCGGACGUCGGUUUCGGUGCGCUGGCCCGAGGAUCGUCCGGAACAGACAGACGAGCGGACAGGACGACACAACAUCUGGUCACAACUGGCAUGACGACAGAAUCGGUCGUCCGAGCCGUCGAGCAGACGAUUUCGAGAGACCAUCCUACCACUUGCCCCGACGACAAUUGGUCCAAAAUGGCGCCCACUUGCGUCGGACCGGCUCUUGGCGAAACGGACACCGGCCGACCGGUCUCGGACGUCCACGUGGCCGACAGCCGAUUGGCCGCCGAAGAAGAAGAAGAUCUGCCAGACGAGACCGGCUCCGGCGACACGCUGUCCAAAGCCGGGCCCAGCUGCGUCGCCGGAUCAUACGCAACCGGAUCAAGAAACAGUCUGCUUCUGGAGGCGGUAAAAUCGGAUCUCUCCACGUGGAAGCACGCACAGUCGACCAUCGCCGGUGACUCCAACUUUGACCUGUCCGAAGUGAGGCGGCGACCCAUCCGCGAGCACAUCCACUUCUCGUCAAGCCCUCGUGACGACGCGCUGACUCAGGUGGGUACCUCGCCGUCAACACACAUGCAUACAUACAUACAUACAUACAUACAUUCAUACACAUAUACAUACAUACAUACAUACAUACAUACAUGA